AUGACAAUGGGUGAUGAAUUGCCUGUAACUUCCUUAGUUUUACCAGUUCUUAUACGGCCUGUUUUAACCCAGCUAGAGAAAUAUGACUUGGGGGCAUCUCAGACAUUACGUGCUGCUCUUACAAAGGCUGAGGCUGCCGUGCCCGGUCUUAAUUAUGAUUUGGUAGCUGGCAUAAUGAGAAGAGCUGAUAUACCAGUCAAUAUGAAUGAAAGUUUGUUAAGGCUUCAAGGAACUCUCACUGAAACUGAAUGUGCUGACUUGAGAUUAAAUCGAUCUGAAGAAGCAUUUCAGGAAUUGAAUAAGAAAUCUGCAGCUUUAAAGAAAAUUUUGAGCAGAAUUCCUGAUGAAAUUACAGACCGAAAAACUUUUUUGGAGACAAUUAAGGAGAUAGCGUCUGCAAUUAAAAAAUUAUUAGAUGCUGUAAAUGAGGUGUCAGCAUAUACACCGGGACCUGGAAAGCAAGCAUUAGAACAGCGAAAGAGAGAAUUUGUCAAAUACUCAAAACGGUUUUCAAAUACUUUAAAAGAAUACUUCAAGGAGGGACAGGCUAAUGCUGUAUUUGUAAGUGCACUAUAUCUUAUUCACCAAACAAAUCAAAUUUUGUAUACUGUUAAAAAUAAGUCAGAAUAA